AAUAAUGUAAUAAAAAAAGUAUUAAUAGUGGUAUUAUGCAUCAUAAAUAGUGUAUUAAAUUAUUGAAAAGAUGUGAUGAUUGGUGUCAACUUCACCCAUUAUUUAUCAUGUCAUUUAUUCUAAAUAUUGGAUUAAACAAAUAGUGACUGAUUUAUGAUAUUAAUGUAAUUCUUUAAUUAUAAUAAAUUACAUUAAACCCGUAAAACAAACAUUUUGUAUGCAAAAUGGCCAAUACUGGUGUUUUGCCCUUUGUAAGAGGUUUGGAUUUUGCAAGAAAUGAUUUUAGUGAUGGCAAAUUCCCAGAGGCAGUUUCUUUAAUGACAGGUGUGCAAUGGCUCAAACUGGACCGUACAAAUUUAAAUGAAGUUCCCAAAGAAAUGGGUCAGCUGUUAAAACUUGAACAUUUAUCAUUAACAAGAAAUAAUUUAGAAAAACUUCAUGGGGAAUUGACAGAAUUAGGUUGUUUGAGAACGUUAAAUCUAAGACGUAACAAAGUAAGAAAUUCAGGAAUUCCUAUUGAACUAUUCAACUCUGAAGAACUAAGCACAUUAGACUUAAGUCAUAAUAAUUUAAAAGAAGUACCAGAAGGACUAGAAAAGGCUAAAUCAUUACUUGUUCUUAAUUUAAGUAAUAACCAAAUUGAUUCAAUACCAAACUCUCUUUUCAUAAAUUUAACAGACUUGUUAUUUUUGGACUUGAGCAAUAAUAAUCUAGAGACACUGCCACCACAAACAAGAAGAGUUGCAAAUCUACAAACACUUAUUUUAAAUAACAAUCCCUUAGAGCAGUAUCAGCUAAGACAAUUACCUUCUUUGGUGAACCUAGAAACACUGCACUUACGAAAUACACAAAGAUCCCUAAAUAAUUUCCCAACAAAUUUGGAAGGUUUAGUUAAUCUUGCAGAUGUUGACUUAUCUCAAAAUAUGUUACCAAAAGUUCCUGAUGCACUUUACUCACUACCAAGCCUCAAAAGAUUAAAUUUGAGUGAGAAUGAAAUCACUGAGUUAUCUACUGCUAUUGAAUUGUGGCAGAAAUUGCAAACACUUAAUUUAUCACAUAACAAACUUAAAAGUCUACCAGCUUCUCUAUGCAAAAUAACUACAUUAAGGAGAUUAUAUGUUAACGAUAAUGAAAUAGAUUUUGAAGGCAUUCCAUCAGGAAUUGGAAAGUUAGGAUUGCUGGAAAUCUUUUCCGCUGCUUAUAAUCAAUUAGAAAUGAUACCAGAAGGAUUAUGCAGAUGUGGUUCAUUAAAGAAGCUUAAUCUCAGCAAUAACCGCUUAAUAACAUUACCAGAAGCAAUUCAUUUAUUAACAGAUCUAGAAUCUUUAACAUUACAUAACAAUCCUGACCUAAUAAUGCCCCCAAAACCAAACGAAAUGAAUUCUAAAACAAGUCUGGAGUUUUACAACAUAGAUUUUUCGCUUCAAAACCAAUUGCGAUUGGCUGGAGCAAAUGUAGCGCCACCUACUGCUAGCCAAAAUUCGAGUAAAGAUCCGAUCGCAAGAAAGAUGCGACUUAGAAGAGGAAAAAGAGACCAAGAAGAAGCUGACCAAGACCAAGCAAAAAUCCUAAAGGGAAUGAAAGACAUUGUGACGGAGAAAAAUAAAAAUAAACAAGAAGAUGAAACCAGAGCCGAGUCUUUAAAACCAAAACGAUGGGAUGAAAAACUGGAAAAGCCACCACUAAACUACUCUGAAAUAUUUGAAGAUGAUGCAGGACAAAUACCAGGGUUGUGCAUAUGGGAAAUCGAAAAUUUCCUUCCCAAUCGCAUUGAUGAAUGUACACAUGGAAAAUUCUAUGAGGGUGAUUGUUAUAUUGUAUUAAAAACACUCCUUGAUGACAGCGGAUCAUUGACAUGGAAAAUUUAUUUUUGGAUUGGCAAAAAAGCAUCCUUGGAUAAGUUAGCGUGUGCUGCGAUACAUGCAGUAAAUUUAAGAAAUUACUUAGGUGCCCAGUGUCGUACUAUUCGAGAAGAACAAGGCGACGAAUCUGAAGAAUUUUUGUCACUUUUUGAUACUCAGAUCACUUAUAUAGAAGGAGGAAGAACAUUAAGUGGAUUCUACACUGUUGAAGAUAUGAUUUAUGAAAUUCGUUGUUAUCGAAUUCAUGCAGCAGGUGCCUCAAUUCACUUAGAGACCGUGGCAAUUGCUCCGGAAUCCUUAGAUCCGGGUUACGUGUUUAUGUUGGAUGCUGGUCCUAAAAUUUUCUUAUGGUAUGGAAAAACUUCCAAAAACACAUUAAAAUCGAAAGCUCGACUGAUGGCUGAAAAAAUUAAUAAGAAUGAACGCAAAAAUAAAGCUGAAAUAUUGACAGAAAUGAUGGGAAAAGAGAGUACCGAUUUCUUGCGAGUUUUGGGAAUUCAUGACGAUGAGUAUCGACUAGUUCCACAAGAACAUGUUGACCCGGAUUUUGUUCCCGUUCAACCAAGACUGUAUCAAGUGAGAUUAGGAAUGGGCUAUUUAGAGUUACCUCAAGUGGAAAUACCUCAUGGAAAACUUACACAAAAUCUUCUCAACAGCAAAAAUGUGUAUAUUUUAGACUGCUAUGUUGAUGUUUUUGUAUGGAUAGGCAAAAAAUCUACAAGACUAGUAAACGCUGCCGCAGUAAAACUUUCAGAAGAACUGUUCAACAUGAUUGAUCGUCCCGAUUUUGCAAUGGUCACGAGGGUUCGAGAAGGAACUGAAUCACAGGUUUUUAAAUCAAAGUUUGUCGGUUGGGAUGAAGUAAUUGCGGUUGAUUUCACGCGAACAGCCGAAUCGGUACAAAAAACUGGAGCUGAUUUGAAAAAAUGGGCAAUGAAACAGGAAACGAAAGCAGAUCUGACGGCUCUUUUCCAACCACGACAGCCACCUAUGCCUCUGACCGAAGCUGUUCAACUUAUGGAAGACUGGAAUGAAGAUCUUGAAGCAAUGGAAUCAUUUGUACUCGAAGGAAGAAAAUUUGUGCGACUACCUGAAGAAGAAUUAGGACAUUUUUAUUCGAUGGAGUGUUAUGUGUUCCUUUGUCGUUACUGGAUACCAGCUGAUGAUGCAGACGAAGGAGAACCGCUAGAAGAAGACUUUCAAUGUGUCGUGUAUUUUUGGCAGGGUCGGGAGGCAUCCAACAUGGGCUGGUUAACAUUCACGUUCACGUUACAAAAGAAAUUUAAAGCUCUGUUCCAAAACAAACUAGAAGUUGUUCGAACACAUCAGCAACAGGAAAAUAUGAAGUUCAUGGCACACUUUAAGAGGAAGUUUAUAGUACAUCAAGGAAAGCGCAAACAAAAAAACGACAAAGCUGUUGAGUUGUAUCAUCUCCGGUCGAAUGGAAGUGCAUUGUAUACAAGGCUUGUGCAAAUAAAACCAGAUGCUGCUGCACUUAAUUCUGCUUUUUGUUACAUUUUGAAAGUGCCAUUCGAUCAGGAAGAUUCCGGACUGGUUUAUGUUUGGAUUGGCUCAAAAGCAUGCGAAGAUGAAGCACAUUUAAUCCAAGAAAUUGCUGAAGAAAUGUUCAAUAAUCCGUGGGUAAGUUUACAAGUAAUUAACGAAGGCGAAGAACCGGACAACUUCUUCUGGGUUGGUAUUGGAGGUAGGAAACCGUAUGAUACAGAUGCGACAUACAUGGCGUACACACGCCUGUUCAGGUGUUCCAAUGAGAAAGGUUACUUCAUUGUGUCCGAAAAAUGUUCCGACUUUUGUCAGGAUGAUUUAGCAGAUGAAGAUAUAAUGAUAUUGGAUAACGGCGAACAAGUUUUUCUUUGGUUAGGUCCGAAAUGUAGUGAAGUUGAAAUUAAGUUGGCUUAUAAGUCUGCACAGGUAUAUAUUCAGCACACGAGAGCCAAACAACCUGACAAACCAAGAAAACUUUGCCUUACUCUUAAAGAUAAAGAAUCCAAACGCUUUACAAAAUGUUUUCAUGGAUGGGGUCCUCAUAAGAAACCACCAGCAUAAAUUUAAAUGUUAGAAAUUAAAAUAUCUUUCUAUACAAUGUAGUAUUAACAUUAUUUAUAUACUUUUAUACUUCCUAUAAAUUUAUUUAUACCAGAUCAUGAACAAGUACUUAUAUAUUAUUGAUUUAAAUUUGUAUAUCAUUUUUUGUGAGUGCACUAUUAAUUAUUGUUAUACUCAAUUUAAUUUGUUUAUAUAUCGUAAUAAGUAUUCAAUACGUGCCUUAUAAUGUUAAUAAUUUAUUUCAAAAAACGUUAUGGAAUAAAGUUUUCUUUUUGAUUUUA